UAUCAGUGCUGCUUAUUGAACAGAAAAACGAAGCAACUUAAUAUGGCUUCGAAAACGGACAGUUUUGGCUUCAAUGCUACCAAAAUGUUUCAAGUGGCCCGGGAUUGUUUUCCCGACGACCAUAAACAUACGCAAAACUUGGUGGAAUCGAAAGACGAUAUGUUGUUCGUGUGGAAUGCAAAGAACUGUUGCAUCAUGGUGUUAAAUUGGCGUGCCGCAACUUCUCAUAAGCAGGAGCAACUGAAUCAUCAGACGCUGAUUCCAUCGGCACCGCAGAACUACACGGUGGAAAAGAUACUUCCAUCCACGGACGGAACGUUCCUAGCGCUGGCCGGUACGAAGGGUUUCUCCAUCAUCGAAUUGCCUCGGCGCUGGGGCCCGAACGGUCAGUACCAGAACGGAAAGGAGUGCAUCAUCUGUCGCUCGUACAAUCCCGAUGAACAUCUGUUUAACGAAUUUGCAACGAUUGAGCUGCUGCAAAUCCGUUGGCAUCCGGCCUCUCCGACCGAUUCCCACCUACUCGCCCUGCUGUCGGACAACUCAAUAAGAGUAUACGACGUGGACACGCUGCGCCAUGUAUGGCGCAUUGGGCCGACACCUACACCGCAGGCCGCCGUCACUAUUAGCGGGGGCGGUAAGGGUGGCAGCAAACAGCAGCCUUCGUUCGGAUCGCCGGGAAGCAGCACCAUCUCGUCGAAGCUCGCCUAUCUCAACAGCCUGGGCGAUACGGCUGUUGAUUUUGACAUUGCUCCGCCACGUGUGGUUUCUUCCGCUACCGGUGGUGGUGGUGGUGGUGCGAGUGGCGACGUAACGACGUUCUCACCCACGACAACAACGCUCCUGUCAACGUCGUCAACGGUCACCGCAUCGGCGAAGCAGCAACCCGCAACGCCAAAGGAGGGUUCCACGCUGCUGCUGCACGAUUCUUUGAUCGCACAAAAAAAUAAAAAGAACGCCGGUGGCGCAAAGGUUGAGUGGCCAAUAGUGAUCCUCCGGGGUGACGGCAAUGUGUAUGUACUUUGCGCCGGCAUCGACACCAAUCGUCCGAAGCUUCAGGGACCGAUUUCGAUUCAGCCCCAGGUGGACGAUAACUACGGGCUCGAUUCGUGUUCGCUCAUCGUCAUCCCGACGCUUCCACCGACGGUCAUCAUCGCGGAGAGCACGGGCAAAACGCACCACGCCCUGUUCAUCGAUGAACCGCUGGGGGACGCGAGCCGUGGUGCCUCGCAAUCGUACGAACUCGGGGACAGCAAUCUGUCCAUCUAUCCGUGCGAAUGGUACCUGCACGUGCUGGAAACGGUCGAGCUCGAGCUCGGGCUGCCCACCGUCGAGGAAACGCGUGGCGUGGCGGAAAAGGGUUACUCCUGUCCGCUGCACCUCAAACGCGACCCACUCAACGAAUCGCGCUACUUCGUGUACCACAAUGCUGGCCUGCAUGCCGUCACGCUGGACUUUACCCACCAACUGUACGAAUUCGUCGAGCAGCAGGAGGAAGAGGGUGGCGACGAGCUGACCGACCGGUACCCACUGUUUUGUACGCAAAGCCGUGCCGAGUACGUUGUCUGCACGAAGGCUCUGCAGAACGCAAACCCAAAUGCAGUGCUGGGAUUUACCCUGCUGCAGUCUCCCUCCGGCUUGGUCCUGUUCUUGGCGUCCGGACAGGUCGUUUCGCUCGAUCUGAUAACCGAUCCGAGUCUGAUACGCAAAUGGGCACUCACGGGCAGUGGAAAGACGCUGGCCAACGGUGUGAUUGAGUCACCAAUAAAAAAUCUAUUGAAGGAUUCCUUCUCGAAGCGCAUCCAAACCAUUCUCAAGUCUGGCCUCACGCAACCCAUACUGAAGCUGGACCAGUCCAGCGAGCCAACGCCGCAGGAAGCGUUCGAGCUGCUGACCCAGGCGACGCGAAUGCUCCGUGAACACUACUUCGUGCGCCACGAGAAGGCCCGCCAGGAAAUCGAAAAACGCGAGCACGUCCUUCGGCUGCUCAAGCAGCAGCAGCUGAACGACAUCGAGGAACUGCAGGCGGAAAAGCUGAAGAUACGGGCCACGGCCGAACGGCUUGCGGAAAACUACGAAGAUCUGUGCGACAAACAAAAUACCUUAUUCAAAAGAGCGCAAGAGGUAGUACGUUUGGCGACACUGCGCCUCCCGAAGGGUUCAUACUCCGAGAAGAAAUUUUCCGAAAUGAUCUCCAAGGUCAAACAAUCGGUUACCACGCUGCAGAAAAAUGUCGAUCAGGCGAAGCAGAAGAUUAACAUCCAGCAAGUGCAGCUAGAGUCGAAGAAAAAGUCCACAAAGGAGAAACCAUUCUCACUGCCGGUGAAGCAGGAAGAAAUCAUAAAGCAAAUCAUCGGCGAAAUGUACACUCAAAUCGAUACAAACGUUAAGGACGUCAAGAAGAUGAAUAACAUUCUUAACCUUUCUUAGUUGACGAAACCAUAGUUUUAAGCGUUCGAUGCGUUCAUCGCUUUACCCUUUCUUUUUUAUUGAAUUUGGAUUAGAUCGUCUUACUUAAUACAAACUGCUCUUUUUCUACCGA